CCGAGCUGGUGAACCAUCUGGAGAUCCAACAAAAGCUAUGAAAUGAGAUUGACACGGUGCUUGGUCCAGGAGUGCAAAUCACUGAGCCAGACAUCUACAAACUCCCAUAUCUACAAGCUAUAAUCAAGGAAACUCUCCGGUUAAGGAUGGCCAUUCCUCUGUUAGUCCCACACAUGAACUUCCGUGAUGCUAAGCUUGGCGGGUUUGACAUUCCAGCUGAGAGCAAGAUCCUUGUGAAUGCAUGGUGGCUUGCUAACAACCCAGCCAAUUGGAAAAACCCACAAGACUUCAGGCCUGAAAGGUUUUUAGAAGAAGAGGCCAAAGUGGAAGUCAAUGGCAAUGGUUUCAGGUACAUUCCUUUUGGUGUUGGAAAGAGUAGUUGUCCAGGGAUUAUACUUGCUUUGCCAAUUAUUGGAAUCACGUUGGGACGUUUAGUACAAAACUUUGAGCUCUUGCCUCACUCAAAGCUAGACACUUCCGAGAAGGGAGGCCAAUUCAACUUGCAUACAUUGAAGCAUUCUACUAUUGUUGCCAAGCCACGGGUGUUAUAAUUAAGAAAUCACUGUUCUCUCUCUCUCUUUGAGCUCUUGCCUCACUCAAAGCUAGACACUUCCGAGAAGGGAGGCCAAUUCAACUUGCAUACAUUGAAGCAUUCUACUAUUGUUGCCAAGCCACGGGUGUUAUAAUUAAGAAAUCAUUGUUCUCUCU